AGACUCAUCUCGGUGACGUAUAUUUGCUGACUACCGUUGAGAUAUGACAGCUUAUACAGAGAAAGACUCUUACUACUUAACCCGCACUUUAACAUUCAGACCAGAUAGUUUUAAUCAUGCCUGCAUGAGCUGAGGCCGCCCCCUGUCCUUCCCCGAACGUAGAGUGAGUUUUCGAGGGACUAAAAGCUGUUUCACAGACAUCGUCAUGUCGUUUCUGGUGGACUCCGUCAUCAUGUUCACCUCGCAGGUGCUGUUCUUUGGAUUUGGCUGGUUAUUCUUCAUGCGGCAGCUGUUCAAGGACUAUGAGGUGCGACAGUACGUGGUCCAAGUGGUUUUCUCCGUCACCUUUGCUUUUUCAUGCACCAUGUUUGAGCUCAUUAUCUUCGAGAUUCUGGGUGCCUUAAGCAGCAGUUCCAGGUAUUUCCACUGGAAGCUGAACCUGUAUGUGAUUCUGCUGGUUCUAAUCUUUGUGGUGCCUUUCUACAUUGGUUACUUUGUUGUCAGCAACAUACGCCUGUUGCAAAGACAGAGGCUUCUUUUUGCCUGCAUGGUGUGGUUUACAUUCAUGUAUUUCUUCUGGAAACUGGGAGAUCCAUUCCCCAUCUUGAGUCCAAAACACGGUAUUCUGUCCAUUGAGCAGCUAAUCAGUCGUGUGGGUGUGAUCGGAGUCACCCUCAUGGCUCUGCUGUCUGGGUUUGGUGCUGUCAACUGUCCUUACACGUACAUGUCCUAUUUUCUCAGAAAUGUAACAGAUAGUGACAUCCUUGCUCUGGAGAGGCGGCUGCUCCAAACUAUGGACAUGAUCGUCAGCAAAAAGAAACGAAUUGCAAUGACACGGAGGCAGAUGUACCAACGUGGGGAAGACCAGAACAAACAGACAGGGUUCUGGGGCAUGAUCAAGAGUGUCACCUCUACACAAACAGGAAGUGAAAACCUCUCUCUGAUCCAGCAGGAGGUUGACGCUCUAGAGGAGUUGAGUCGGCAACUCUUCCUUGAGACUGUGGACCUGCAAUCCACCAAGGAGCGCAUUGAGUACUCAAAGACAUUCCAGGGAAAGUACUUCAACUUCCUUGGCUACUUCUUUUCCAUCUAUUGUGUUUGGAAAAUCUUUAUGGCCACUAUAAACAUAGUGUUUGAUCGAGUUGGAAAGACGGAUCCAGUGACGAGGGGUAUUGAGAUUACAGUGAACUACUUGGGCAUCCAGUUUGAUGUUAAGUUUUGGUCUCAACACAUCUCUUUUAUCUUAGUGGGUAUAAUAAUCGUUACGUCCAUCCGUGGCUUACUCAUCACCCUCACCAAGUUCUUCUAUGCGAUAUCAAGCAGCAAAUCCUCCAACGUCAUUGUGCUCGUCCUCGCUCAGAUCAUGGGGAUGUAUUUUGUGUCGUCUGUGCUGCUGAUGCGAAUGAGCAUGCCGCUGGAGUAUCGCUCCAUCGUGUCAGAGGUUCUGGGUGAGCUGCAGUUCAACUUCUACCACCGCUGGUUUGACGUCAUCUUCCUGGUCAGCGCCCUCUCCAGCAUCCUCUUCCUUUAUCUCGCACACAAGCAAUCUCCAGAGAAACACAUGGCCCUCUGAUCCCCUUAAUUGCAUCUUUUUUUUUUUUUCUUGAAUAUGACUCCUGAUGCACAGGGUGACUUUUAAUCUGGCCAUUUUUUAUAUAUAUAUAUGUACAUGUUGGACAUAAUUAUCCAGACGGCCUGUUCCUGAAUCAGGGAUGGCUGCGUUUUUGGGUGCAAGUGUUGGGGAACUAAUGGAGAACAUGAGGAAAUAACUCCGAAAGUGGACUCUCUUGCAAUUGCGGAUUAAGUAUUUACAACAUGGAAAUUAGGAAUUCUAUAUCCCCUGCAACCCGACACCUUUCUGCCCUGAUACUUUCAUUGUUUUUGCCGAAACGUUGAUUUCAAGCGUCUGUCUGAACACACUGGAGCUGAACUGUUCACUCCUGCUUCACUUCCCGGAGGUGCAAGUUAAGAGCGAGAUAUUAAUUGGAGCAGUUCUAAUUUUCCACAGAAUAUGUCAUUAAAUGGUGAAG